GAAACGUUUCCCUGGUUACGAUGCAGAAAGCAAAGAGUUCAACGCUGAGGUGCACCGGAAGCACAUCAUGGGCAUGAACGUGGCGGACUACAUGUCCCAACUGAUGGAGGACGACGAGGAUGCCUACAAAAAGCAGUUCUCUCGCUUCAUCAAAAACGGCGUCACACCAGACACAGUCGAAGAAAUGUAUAAAAAAGCGCACGCUGCCAUCAGAGCGAACCCCGUACAUAAAAAGAAACCGAAAAAAGACGUGACAAAGAAAAGGUGGAAUCGUGCCAAGCUCUCUCUGGCACAGAGGAAGAACCGCAUCGCCCAGAAAAAGGCCAGCUUCUUACGAGCACAAGAACAAGAAGCAGGGGAGGGUUAGGGGCCACGGUUAAAUUCAACACACAUCACAGACAAAUAAAUCUAUUGAACAUGA